CGCUCCAGCCACACAGCACGUAUUGCGCAACGUGACUGAUCAUCUGUUCGCCAAUCCCUCUAGAUAGUCUGUGGAGAAAAGGAAAGAUCGUACAGUACUUAGCACAAUACUCACAUCCUCUAUACCGUUUUAUCGAGGGAGUUUACUUGUUAUCGGGCGCAUGCUCGUUGCCGGCACUGGAGCAGCCUUCGUCCGCCCGGAGGUGACUCGCUUGUGGUCCCUGGAUAUAGUCGUGAUGUGGUGGUGAGCACAGCACGCAUCUUAGCAUCACCAGCUUCGCGCGCCCUCAUGCUUCUCUUUUUUCCCGGUAGCUGUGAAAUACAGAAAUAACAAGUUAAAAGCCAAGCUGUCUUGUGAGAACAUCGGGUUCUGAUACAGACGAUCGGGGGAUUACUCUUGUUUUUGCAUAACCAUGGUUUUCUGGGAUUCGUGAAGACUCGUCGGUGGAUAUUGCAGGACUGCGAUCAUACGUGCUGGUUUAUUUCUUUUUUUCUGCGGGGAGUUUUAACGCAUCCGAACAGAAGGUCUCCUGUUUUUGGUGUAUGUAUUAGAGCCACCAGCAUUUCUUUAUUGAUUUUAUUAGAUAUACCUAAAUCGUUAUUCAGAUCCAGAUUUUUAAGAAUAUAAUAUACUGAAAUGAAAAGCUGUUCAGGACCAUAAGCUGUCGCACUUUGCCGUAUUAAAAUUAUUUUGUAUUUGCCACACCACCUUCAGAACCAUCACUAAGCACCGCGGGCGCGGUGUGGUUUUUUCACUGGAUUUGAGUUCUUUCCGACUGCCUGUCUUGCUUCUGGCAAGGACUCGUCGCGAUUGAGCUGGAUAUGGUGACAUUAACGUAAAGAUGGAUUUAGUUUUCGGUCUCUCGUGGCUUCUUACGGUGUUUCUGGAGGGCAUUCAUUGCCAAGGAGUAUAUGCGCCCCCAACGGUCCGCAUCGUGCACUCGGGCCACGCCUGCAAUGUGGAGGAGGAGCGCUACACCGAGCGCGUCUACACUAUCCGGGAGGCGGAGACUCUGGAGCUCACCUGCCUGGUCACAGGGCACCCACGUCCCCAGAUGCGAUGGACUAAGACGGCGGGUAGCGCGUCAGACCGCUUCCAGGACUCCACCGUGUUCAACGAGACCCUGCGCAUCGCUAACAUCCAGCGCCACCAGGGGGGGCGCUACUACUGCAAGGCGGAGAAUGGCCUGGGCUCGCCCGCCAUCAAGUCCAUACGCGUAGACGUCUACUACUUGGACGACCCUAUCGUGACGGUGCACCAGAGCAUCGGUGAGGCCAAGGAGCAAUUCUAUUACGAGAGGACAGUGUUCCUGCGUUGCAUGGCUAACUCCAACCCCCCAGUCCGCUACAGCUGGCGACGGGGGCGCGAAGUCCUGUCCCAGGGCUCCGACAAGGGCGUGGAGAUCUACGAGCCCUUCUUCACCCAGGGGGAGACCAAGAUCUUGAAGCUGAAGAACCUUCGACCUCAGGACUAUGCCAACUACAGCUGCAUUGCCUCAGUUCGGAACGUGUGUGGAAUUCCAGACAAGAAUGUCCUCUUCAGACUCACCAACAGAACAGCAUCACCCAGCAUUAAGCUCCAGGUGGAAGACCCCAUCGUGGUGAACCCCGGGCACACGGUGACCCUGGUGUGCGUCACGGUUGGUGGGGAGCCAACGCCGACCCUGACCUGGGUGUCCAAUGCCGAGACCCUACCGGCGAAGGCCGUCCUCAACGGGGGCACCCUCACCCUGCCGGCCGUCGUCACAGAGGACGCAGGCGUCUACAGCUGCGUGGCCAACAACAACGUUGGCAACCCUGCCAAGAAGUCGGCCACCGUCAUUGUCAGAGCUCUGAAGAAAGGACGGUUCUGGAUCACCCCGGACCCCUACCACAAUGAUGACAACAUCCAAAUUGGCCGGGAGGUAAAGAUCUCCUGCCAGGUGGAGGCCACGCCCCCCGAGGAGCUAGUGUUCAAUUGGCUGAAGAACGGGCGGCCGCUGCGCAGCUCCGAGCGAAUGGUCAUCACCCAGACCGACCCCGACGUGUCCGCCGGCACCACCAACCUGGACAUCAUCGAUCUCAAGUUCACCGACUUCGGCACCUACACCUGCAUCGCGUCCCUGAAGGGUGGAGGCAUCCCAGAGAUCAGCAUUGAUGUCAACAUCUCCUCCACUACUGUCCCUCCUCUGUUUUUCUCUUUCUUAGUUCCCCCGAACCUGACGGUCCCACGGGGGAAGUCCCCUCUGGUGACCCAGGAGGGCGAUACGGUGGAGCUUCAGUGCCUUGUUUCAGGGAAGCCCAAGCCCAUCAUCCUGUGGUCCCGGGCCGACAAGGAGGCGCCCAUGCCGGACGGGAGCAUGCAGACGGAGAGCUACGACGGAAUCCUGCGCAUCGUCAACGUCUCCCGGGAGAUGACCGGGUCGUACCGCUGCCAGACCAGCCAGUACAACGGCUUCAACGUCAAGCCCCGCGAGGCCGUGGUGGAGCUCAUAGUGCAGUAUCCACCCACGGUGGAAGAAGUGUUCACGGAAAUGCGCCAAGGGCUGAUGCGCUCCUUCGCCAUGAGCUGCCGAGUGCUGCGGGCCCAUCCUUCGCGGGUCCUCAGGUAUGAGUGGAGGUUGGGCUCGAGGCUGCUGAACGCAGGCCAGUUCGACCUGCAGGACGAGACCGAGUUCAACGUGCGGAGCCUGAGCCGGGAGGGUUACGGGGAGUACACUUGUGACAUCAUCAACGAGGCAGGGGCCGGACGCUGCACCUUCCUGGUCACAGGCAGGGCCUACCCUCCGGAGUUCUUCUACGACACCUACAGCCCGCUGUGGCAGAACCGGCCGCGGGUCUACGGCUACAAGCUGCAGUGGACCCAGAUGAACCCCGGCGCGGUGGACCGCAUCGUGGCCUACCGCCUCGGCAUCCGGCAGACGGGGCAGCAGAGGUGGUGGGAGCAGGAGAUCCCCGUGGAGGGAACAAUCCAGACAGGAGAGCUGAUCACCUACAAUCUGACUGAGCUCAUCAGACCCGAGGCGUACGAGGUGCGCCUCACCCCCAUAACCCGAUUUGGGGAAGGCGACUCCGCCGUCCGGAUGAUCAAGUACAGCACACCAAUCAAUCCACAUCUGAGAGAGUUCCACUGCAGUUUUGAGGAGGAGCCCAUCUGCAUGUUCACCCAGGAGAAGACCGAUGACUUUGACUGGACCCGACACAGCGCCGCUACCCGCGACACCAAGUACACCCCCAACACAGGGCCCAGCAGCGACCGCAGCGGCUCUAAGCAGGGCGAGUUCAUGUACAUCGAGACUUCCAGGCCCCGUGUGGAGGGGGACCAGGCACGACUGCUGACCCCCAUUUUCAAUGUGGCCCCCAAAAAUCCAUACGGCCCGGCGGGCCAUGCCUACUGCUUCAGCUUCUACUACCACAUGUACGGGAAGCAUAUUGGUACGCUGAACACGUUUUUACGACAGAAAGGCCAGACCUCAUCUGAGAGCCCUGUGUGGUCACUAAGCGGUAAUCAAGGAGACCGUUGGCGACAGGCCAAAGUUGGCAUCCACCCGACGGCCUCCUUCCAGAUGGUGUUUGAGGGUAUUCGUGGCCCAGGGAUUGAGGGGGACAUAGCCAUUGAUGAUGUGACCCUUGAGGAAGGGGAAUGCAGAGACCCUCCACCCAAUAAUCUGAUGUCCUUGGCUCCUCCCACAGCAGACCAUAUAUGGCGGCUAUGCGUCACCUUGCCUCUGGCCCUCUUCAGCCAGCGGAGGUGACCUCCCGUCAGCAGGGGCAAUGGAACGGUCAACCAGGCACCAGGAGCAAGGGGUGGCGGGGCGCCCUCAAACCUUCAACAUGUAAUUACCAAAGAUUCCUGCCGUGAAAACACUGAGAAGGACACAGGACCUUUGAGUGAAAGAUAAAUGUGAAGAUCUGCAUAUCUUUGAUUUGCUUUGGGGAUAGGAUCGGAUGGGGUACAGCAAGUCUGAGUCUCGAUUUGGAAAACAACAAAGAAACAUCUGGAGCUAUUUGACCUAUUUAAAGCACAUGGAUCUAUAUAUUUUUGCCUUUAUAGACUGUGCUUUUCAGUUAUCGUUUAAAGAAACGAGGGGGAAAACCAGAUAAAACCGGAACCCUUUGCAAAACAGAGUAACGUUGAGAAGUGGCAGCAAUUACAAUCCAGACCCCACCCCGGCCUCCCCCCUCCCCCCCAACCAGCCCCUCACACGUACCUGCCCAAAGUCAUUAUUAUAAACAACCGAGCUUUCCUGCCCAGUAUUCACAAAACCCGAGCUUUACAUUCACCCUUAUUUUCUUGUGCAUGGCCGCACCGCUGCCCUUUCCCACAUCGCCCCUCGUACAGAGCACACUGACAUUUCAUUUAAACUCUACAAGAAAGGAUAAACGGCAAAACGUCCUGUCUUUCCACACGAGCCGCUGCCCGUUGUCUCGGCACCUGGCGUGCCCGGAUCGCCGCGGCGAUCUGCUGGAAGGUGGCUCGCACGUCGUGGGCGGCGGGGGGGGGGAGUCUGGGGUGGGGGGGGGCCGGGUGGUGAGGCGCUUGUUCCCAUUCUGCGUUUGAACUCGCAGAGACCAGCCCAGCUGACGAAGAGUGGAAACACCUAUCUGCCAUAGAACCAAGUGCCUUCAGGUCAACACCAACUGUGAGCCGGAGUCGAUGCACAGCACGCUGGGCCAUAUUUCUGAUGCCACCGGCGGACUGUUUCAUACCCGGCAUGUUGCCCACCGUGGCCGCUGGUUAAAGGCAAGCGUCUACAACCAGAUUUGAUGUUCAACGAUAAGAACAGUGCCGAACGCUGUCUGUGAACAAUGCCAUGAACAACAUUUAAAAAACUCAAACGAAUCAAAGUGCUACCCUCUUUUUUCCUGCUUAGGCUCAGAUCACCAUCCUGGACAAACACAGUGGCUUAUGGGAAAGCAAGCAAGCUCCCCCUAGGAGACUUGGAAGAAAAAGCAGCAAUGGCAGGCGGAAUUUGGUGAUCAAACGGACACUGAGGGAGAAGGGCAAAAUGGAACGUCUCCUUGUAUUCUGCCGAUCCUGCCCCUGAGUUUUAAAGUAACCUCCACCCCAACUCCAGUGAACCUUGGAUGUGCCAAAUCAAUGAAUGGAUAAAUGAAAUACUUUUUUAAAAAAUAUUGAAUAAAUUCACAGUGACAACAACGUCUUGCCACACCAAACAUAAGUUGUUUAACAGACAUAGAAGAUUAACUGAAAUGACUGCAUACUGGAGGAAAUAAAGGCCCCCUUGCCUUUUCAAUCUUCGUUCAAUAAAAAAAAGAUUUUAUUAUUUUGGCAAGAACUUUUACAUGAACUUUACAUGACUUUGGAACUACCUGAGACAAUUUGUAUCCUUAAUCAUCUGUUUUUGAAAUUAAUGUAAAAAGAAGAAAAGAAAAAAUCUUGACAUAAUCGGUUUUGGAGGUUUUAAGACAUUUCUUUUUAUGUAAAUGAUCUCACGUUGGACUUUUUCAUUUCUUUCAGGAAUACAUCCUUUUUUUAUUCCCUUGCAUUGUGAAAAUAUUAAAACAAGCUAAAAAGUGUAUGCAAUUCAAUUUGGUUGAUUACAUUAAGAAAUGUUCUGUUAGAUAACAUCUCCAUACAAAAAGCACAAGUUAAAAACAAAUGAAACAAAGAUAAUAUAUUGUUACCUACUAAAAUAUCAAUGAAGAAAUUUAAAUUAUAUAAAACAAAUAAAAUACAGAGGCUUUGUUUUUGCUUUAUUCUGUAGCUUUCUUUCAACAUUUUUUUUAAAGUGACAUCCUUGCAACUUAUGACAAAAUAAAGAAAAGAGAUAUUUUACAGCUGUGUAAAGAUCUUUAUCAGGUAUUGUGUGAUUUAUAGCUUAUUUGUUUAUGUGUCAGCUGAGGGAGAGUCUCACAGUUUUGUGUAUGAUUGCUGUCUUUUGUGAUUUGAUAUUUUUGUGUUUGAUCAUUUAGUUAGCCUUGGUUAAACCAGGCAUUAACAUUUCUCUGGUGAAUACUUGUCUCAGACUGAAAUGAAUGGAGAAAAAAAGUGAAUGGAGAAACUCAUCUUUUAUGUUGUGCAAAUUUAUUUUUGCAGAUGUCAUUUUUGAAGCUGUUUUUUUUACAUGAUGAUGUGCCAUGAUUGCUGUCAAUUUGCUUUGCUGACACUUUUAUCCAGAAUAAAUUGCAUAGCUGACA